CUUUGCUGGUGCCCCCACCCAAACCGUGCCUCCCUCGGACUAGAACCACCGCGCACUAUAAUUAAUAACGGGGUUUCACAAAUCCUAUAUUCCCUUAAGGUGUCGAAAAUUAAAAAUCUGCAAGUCGACCCUCCGUGGUGCUUUUCCACAACCCUGGGCGUCGCACUUAAUUAAAGGCCUCGCCGCCGGAGAGAAGAGGAAGGGCGUGUCGCGGAUACCCGCAAAUACGCGCGCACGGUGAGCGGCGGCUGCGGGAAAUCUGCCGGCGAAGGUGAAUCACACGAUUUAGGCCCUUUUGAGGAACAAUGGAGGAGUCUGACAUUGAGGAGGCGUCCCAGGCGCUAAUCGAGGCAGCCAAUGACCGAGACCCCAUGGUCCAGGAGCAGGUCAGGAAGUCCAUGCUGACACUUGGGAAGAGGAAACCUGACAGGGUCCUGCCCAUAUUCCAGAACUAUCUGCUCAAACACCCCAAGCUUCCGGUUGCACACCGAGUGGCCGUCCUGCAGACCAUCGAGCUCAUACUGUUGUCCAGGAUUGAUGAGAUCGGCUGCCUCAGAGUUAAAAGCAUCGUGUCUCUGGCCUCCGAUGAAAUGACCAGAUCGAAGGAAGUGGUUCCUGAUUGGCAGCAGGCGGCUAGCAAUAUUCUGGUUGCCGUCGGCAAUAAGCACAUGGGUGACAUCAUGGAGGAGAUGCUGAGCAAGUUCCAGCCGGGGGUGCUGCCGCACUUCUUCGUGGUGCAGACGCUGGCGAGACUCGCUCAUUCCAACGUCUACGGCAUGGUGCCCUUCCUCAGCGCCAUCCUCACCACCAUGCUGCCCAUGUUGGGCAUGGCCAAGCAAGAUAACAUGAAGUGGGUCUUCUCCUUCGCUCUGUCCCGGUUCAGUGAGAGCAUCGUGGAAUACUUGGCCAACCUGGAUAAGGCCCCAGACCCGACAGUGAGCAAGGCCACCUUCUCGGGCGAGAUCUACGCUGCCUACGACAUCCUCUUCUGCAAUUGGCUACAGAGCCGGGAGUCCAAGGUGCGACUGACUGUGACCGAAGCUCUGGGAGCCAUGACUCUACUGAUGGCUCGGGAUAAGCUGGAGGAACAGCUUCCCAAGCUGAUUCCCGCCCUCUUGAACCUGUAUAAGAAAACGCCUGAUCACUAUAUAAUCAGCAAGAGCCUGUGCCAGGUCCUGGACGCGGCUGCCAGCACGGACGGCCGGUUGCUGAGGGCCCUGGCUGACAGCCUGCUCCUCACCCUGCACCAGCAGGUGUCUUUGCCAGUAGACUACAACAGCCCUGGAACGGUGAAAAACCACAACGAGAUACUGAGGUGCUUCAGUAUUUUGGCACACACCUUCCCCGACCGCCUGGUUAUCUUCGUGCUGCAGAGGCUUGAGAAUGGCGGCGAGCGUAACCGCGUGGGCUCCCUGGCCGUGCUGAGACACCUCGUCAACACCUCCUCUUCCAUUAUGGACACAAAAAAGGGGCUUAUUGUCACCAGCCUGCGGCUGCCGCUACUCGACACCAGCAACAAGGUCAAGAAGAAAGUUGUCCAGGUGAUCAGCGCCAUAGCCCACCAUGGAUACCUGGAGUUGGAAGGCGGAGACAUGCUACUGAGGUUUAUGAUGCUGCACUGUGCCCUUCCAGACGCCUGUCAUCAGGGGCGGAGCCUGUCAGACCAAGAGGAGGUGACCAAUGAGGCCCUCCGGAACAUAUGCGAGAAAACGCUGCACCUUCUCGCGACUACAGUGGGCCGCAUGGAGGACGUGCUGUGGCCUGCGUUGCUUCGCUACCUGACCCCGGUGCAGUACGCUGACGCCACCGUGCCCCUUUGCAGUAGCCUGGUCCUGCUGGGUAACAGGAAGCGGGUCACGGGGGACCCAGGCUACAUCGUCGACUUCACCAAGCAAGACAGUCUUCCCUCACCGUACAGCAUCAUGGUCAGGCUCUGGGUCAACGCAUCAUACCCAUUCCGGAGCCGUGGCCGGGGGGCACCUUCACUCAGACUGCUGGCAAUCUUGGCCCCCAACACCUCUACCAAGUUCUCCAUAUACAUAUACAGCCCAUCUCUUCAGCACCCAAAGGGUAGUAGAGUUUGUGAGACCCCCCCGGGGACCACUCUGACCCCGGUGUGUCUCUGUGUUGGUCUUCCAGAAUCCACAGUGGACACACUAAACAGGAGGACAUGGGAGCAGAGCCUUCUCAAGCUACUGUCCAAAACGCUGGUGGCAGUCAUGGACGCCGGGUGGUGCUGUCGGCUGGUCUCUGAGAUGUCCCUAUAUUUGCCCACCUACAACGGCUCCCUGGACGAGAAGAGCUUCCUGUACAAGUGCAUGGGAGUGACCCUGCAGAGAUGCUGUGACUCGGGGGUGGUGAAGGAGCAGCUGCGCAUCAUCCUGGCCACCGCGUGCCACAGCGAAGCCAUCGAGAGAGAGGGAGUUGCGAAGGGAAUCGGGCUCUGUGCCAGCAACCACCUCGAUGAUACUCUGGCCAAGCUGGAUGAUUUCGCGAGAUCCGAUGCCUUCAGGAAAGCCUCGGGAAUACUUGGCCUGCUUAAAGAUAAGAAUGAUGGAGACGUUGAGAAGAUGAAGAGUACGUUGAUUCUGUCCUAUGGCUACAUCGCUCUCCACGCUCCCGAGGACAAGGUUCUGGGCCGAAUCGACUCUCAGAUCCUGCGAAAUAUCAGCAAACACUUCAGCACCAAGGUACUAGGGAUGAAAGUAGAGACCAAGGACCUGACCCUGAAGAUCAGCCUGCUCCAGAGUGUAGGCCUCAUCGCUCAGGCCAUCGGUGCCUGCGUCCGAAGGCAGAACUACCUAUUCGCCCGCAAGCAGGAGCUCGUGGGAGGCCUCAUGGACAUCAUCAAAGCAGAACCCGCCGACGUCCUGGUGACUUCCGUCCGUCAUCUGGCCAUGACGGCGUGUGCCAGCCUUGUCAACUUAGACCCAGCGCUGACUGAGACUGAGACCUGCGGUGUGCUGCAGACCUGUUUGAACAGUGUGCUGGGGCUGCCCCCCCUCGAGGUUGUGGACCGGGGAGAGGAGGACGAGUCCCUGGACUUGCAACAAAGGCAGGGCCUGUAUGCGGAAACCUUCAGUGCUCUUGAGGACUUGCUGGGGAGAUUACUCUCCCGAAAUCUGACCCCGGAUGGGCUGCAGAGCAUCUUUAAGCACCUGGAGGUCUGGAUGGGGUCCGAGCUGGAUCACGGGCGGGAGAGGGCCGUGCGGACGGCCACGCUGGUGCUGGACUCCUACCUGCAUAACCUGGCUGUGAGGCAGAAGACGACGACCUUCCACAACAUCGGCGCCCUUCUGGGACGGCUGGUGCCCCGCUGCACAGACCGCUGCUCCGCGGUGAGCUGGGCCGCCGGAGAGGGCCUGCGCAUCCUGUUGCGCAUCCAGCUGCGAUACGAGGGGUUUCCCCCGGAACACAGAGACGCAGCGGUCGACAACCUGCCCACCCUGUAUGAGGGGCUCCGGAACCCUGACCCUGCAGCUCUGUGCCAGACCUGCUCCCAUCUGGCCGAGGCCUUCAGCAGGCGCCUUACUCCUCAGCAGGUCGGACCUCUGAUCCUGGUCCUGACAGAGGGCUUGAGAGACCCUCAGCCAAGCUGCUGUCUUGUGUCCGGUGUGUUCCUGAACACGCUCCUCAUGCACAGGGGAGGCCGUCUGCAAGACCUGGUUCCCGAGAUCAUGGGGGCACUGCACCUGGGCUUGCAGGCCAUCUCCGAGGACCAGGUGAAGACGGCAGUGGCUCACUCCAUCCUAACCCUGGCUUCCCAGCAUCUGCAGGUCGUCAUCGACACCCUUAUCUCCUACCCCUUGCCCUAUGACAGCAGCACCUGUGACAUGUGGAUGGCGCUGGGUGGUCACUCCGCCCUGGCCGGUCACAUUGUGGAGACCUUCACUGAGAGGCUAGUCGCCAUGGUGCCCUACACGGAAAAGAGGGACCCAGCUUUGAGGAUGGGGGCCACCAAAGUUGCCACCGUUCAGCCGCUGGCAGUGACCUGCGCCUUGCGUGAGAUAAUGAUGAACGGUCAGAUCGAGGCUGCCGUCACAGAGCAGUUCCCGCGGCUCUUCGUCGCCCUUCUGGUGCGCAUGGGCUCCAGCGUGGGAGUGCAGCUCCCCAAGGACAUCUGUACUGGGGCCACCAGGCCAGAGAAGAGACCAUCUGGAAAGGUGCUGGGUGCCUUCGACGUGUGCGGGAUGGCGCUAGAGGCAAUGCAAAUCCUGCUGGUGCGUGCCCAGCUGGAUGAGGUGCUCAAGACCCUGGACCUGCAGGAAGGGUGGGCCAAGAUGAAGGAGCCGCAGCAGUUCAUCGACGGGAUCGCCCUGCUGGCCAACGCCAUGGCAACGCACGCAGGCCCCCGUCUCCCAGCCAUCAUCCAGCACCUGUAUCCCACCCUCACCAGCAUCUAUGAGUGUCAGAGGACCACGGCGACAGCCUUCCUCUCAGAGCUGCUAAACCACCGGGUGGCGACGGAGAUGAUGAUGACGGACUCGCUGAUGAAGAGCAUGAUUGCGCGCCUGGCUGACCCCUGCGGUGCCGUGCGCAUGCUGGCCAUCAGAGGCCUGGGUAACAUCGCCACUGGAUCCCCAGAAAAGGUCAUCAAGUAUGCCAUGGAGCUGCUGGCUGCCUUGAGCUCCGGGAUGGAGGAGAGCGACGACCCUUCCAAGCGCAUCGCUCUGGAAGCCAUGUCGGGCCUCUCCAAAGUGCUGCUCCACCUGAACAAGAACGCUGUGCGGAUGCUUUUAGUCUACAUCUUGAUGAAGAUCAAGCCCUUCCUGGAAAGUGAAUACGAUACUGUCCGUUGUGCUGCUGUACUGCUUUUGGGAAAUCUGUCAAAGUUUGGGUCAGGAGAGCCAGUCUUCAGAGACCAGAUCCACAAUGUGCUUAUGAGUUUACUCCUACACCUCAGUGACCCGAGCCCAGACGUAGUCAAGGCCUGUAAGUUGACUCUGCAAGAAUGUGUGCCACUACUGGGCUCCAAGCUGAUCGCCACCAUGUUCCAGAACCAUCUGUAUGAAGACCGCAACUUGCACUACGGCGAGUUCAUCAACGACCUCAUGAAAUACAUAAUUCAGGAUUUCCCUGGCAUGCUGAACUUCUACCAUACCACCAUCCUUCAGUUCUUCAAGAGCACCUGGACGCAGGUUCGAGCCAGUGCUGCCAUGUUCACCGGAUUCCUCCUGGGAAAUCUUCCAAGGGAGUUCUACCCUCACAUGAACAUUGGGAAUAUAAUCAAUGGUCUCAUCCAGCUGCUCGGGGAUCCCGACCCCACGGUCCGGGCAAAGGCAGCCGAGGCCAUGGGUCACUUUCGUCACUUUCACCCAGCGUCUGGCUCCGGAUCGCUGAAGGAGCUGGACGUGUCGGCCUGAAAGCGAGCGUACCUGUGCUGCUAUCGCGGUGCCUCUGCGGAUUUAGGCCAAGACCAGCAGGGGUCCAACUCUCCCAGGUUCCCCUCAAACUGUGUCCUCAUUUCAUCUCUAAGGAUCUGUGUUGGAAUCCGUAACGUUUUUUUUUUCCGUGCCGCUGGUUUCCUGGUAACCCCACUACUUUUAUAGCUGCGUGGUUGAAUGUAUGUUCAGAUGCUAAUAAUCUCGCCCUCGAUUCUGUCCUCACUACUGCCUCGAGUUUCUGCUGUAAUAAACUGAGAACGAGUUUGGCCAACUGGACGACUUGAUACUGGGUAAUAUCUGAGAGACAGGAUGGGGUAAACAUGCAGAGUUAGCCUCUGUCACAUGUCCAGACUGAGUGGGGGGAUGCAGCCAUGCGUCUAUGGACUGCUGUGCUGGAGGCUUGUCGCAGGGCAAGGUGGAGCACUCCUGGCAUGUGUGCCAAGGGUGCGAAUGCUCACCCCGCUAACCUCUCCAGGCUGCUUAUCAGGUUUAAUUAUUAAUCUCCAUGAUUUAUCUGUGCUAUAGAUGUGAUUAUUUUGUGAGGAGUCAGCCUGACCCCAACUUUGAUCGUAUUAUCUGCGAAGAUGGGACUUAUGACUGUACCACCGAGAUCUUCGCUAUAAAUUCUGAAUUUCGUAACA